AUGGGGAAGAGCUGCAAGGUGGUCGUGUGUGGCCAGGCUUCUGUGGGCAAAACUUCAAUCCUGGAGCAGCUUCUUUACGGAAACCACGUAGUGGGUUCUGAGAUGAUUGAGACUCAGGAGGACAUCUACGUGGGCUCCAUUGAGACUGACCGGGGGGUGCGGGAGCAGGUGCGUUUCUACGACACCCGGGGGCUCCGAGAUGGGGCUGAGUUGCCCCGGCACUGCUUUUCCUGCACUGAUGGCUAUGUCCUAGUCUACAGCACGGACAGCCGAGAGUCCUUUCAGCGCGUGGAGCUGCUCAAGAAGGAGAUUGACAAAUCCAAAGACAAGAAGGAGGUCACCAUCGUGGUCCUCGGCAACAAGUGUGACCUGCAGGAGCAGCGGCGUGUAGACCCGGAUGUGGCUCAGCACUGGGCCAAGUCGGAGAAGGUGAAGCUUUGGGAGGUGUCGGUGGCUGACCGCCGCUCACUGCUGGAGCCCUUCAUCUAUCUGGCCAGCAGGAUGACCCAGCCCCAGAGCAAGUCUGCCUUCCCCCUCAGCCGCAAGAACAAGGGCAGCGGCUCCUUGGAUGGCUGA